AUGGUGCGCAAUAUCGUUGUUCUGGGAGGUAACUCCCACCCGCAACUCACAGAAAAUGUUUGUCAAAUUCUUGGUGUUCCAGCCAGCAAUCGCAUCCUUGGAAAAUUCAGCGGCGGCGAGAGCCGUUGCGAAAUCAAGGACUCGGUCCGCGGUAAAGAUGUUUAUAUCAUACAAUCCGGCUCCGGCAACGUUAACGACAACCUCAUCGAUCUUUGUAUCAUGAUUUCGGCUUGCAAAACCGGUUCCGCGAAGCGAGUGACUGCCGUUGUGCCUCUCUUCCCUUACUCCCGACAGCCUGACUGGCCUUACAACAAAGCCGGCGCUCCUUUGUCGCAAGUUUCCGGCGCUUCUAAGGACUACACAUUUGAGAGUGUUCCCCCUACACCCCGUCCCGGUGGUCCUAAGUCGGCUGGGCUACCCAAUGGUGUCAACAAUUUGACCGAGAAGCUCUCAAAAACUGCCAUCGAUGCUGCCAAUGGUGUAAACGGUACCAAUGGUUACCCAACACCUCGUCGUUCAGACACUUUCUCAAGCACCACUUCCGAAAACCGUGGACACCAGCCCGAAAACUCGACCUCCUCGCAGCGAAGUGCCUAUACCACACACGACUACGAAAACCAGUCUAACAUUUCCGUCUUCCAGCCUAAACCAGGCUAUAAGCAAUGGAUUGCCCAGGCUGGUACUCUUGUCGCCGACUUGCUUACCUGCGCUGGCGCCGAUCACAUCAUCACCAUGGACCUCCACGAUCCUCAAUACCAGGGUUUCUUCGACAUCCCUGUUGACAAUCUUUACGGAAAAGCCCUGCUACAGAACUAUAUUCAGACUAACAUUCAGGGUCAUCAAAACGCCGUUAUCGUUUCUCCCGACGCUGGGGGUGCCAAGCGAGCCACUUUGAUCGCCGACAGUCUAAAGACAGACUUUGCUUUGAUUCACAAGGUAAUUCCGUCAACCUCUGGUCCUUCCCAAGACGACCAAAGCUCAUCUAAUACUUUAAAGGAGCGACGCCCUAUACGAUUCACCGAGCACCGAAAUGCGAGUAUGAUGCUAGUUGGUGAUGUUUCUAAUCGCAUCUGCAUCCUUGUCGACGACAUCAUCGAUACCGGUAACACGAUCACCCGCGCAGCGAAGCUCCUGAAGAAGGAGGGCGCAACUAAGGUUUACGCUCUCGUCACACAUGGAGUAUUCAGCGGCGAUUCCAUUGCUCGUAUCAACGCCUCUUCUAUUGACAAAAUGCUGGUUACCAACUCGGUUCCUCAAGAAGAGCACCGCCGACUAUGCCCCAAGCUCGAGGUCCUUGACAUUUCUCCAGUAUUUGCAGAGGCAAUUCGCCGUGUUCACCACGGAGAGUCUAUCAGUGUGCUGUUCCAGCACAAUUGA